UAAAAGGUUUACUGCCGCAAAAAACACAGAUUAUUGGCACUGUUAAUGAAUAUUUCAAGGGGUGAAGUUAUGAUCAGUUUUAAAGAAUUCAACAUUCAAUCCUUGUUGCUAUUCCUUCAUUACUUACUAGCUUCAAAAUGCUUGACAACCAACGUUUCCAUAACAACCCUUAAAUAAUUUUUGUUUUAUUAAAAUUAAUCUUAGUCAGCAGAUCUACAAAAUAAAGCUAUUUUUGAUCAAAACUAGACAUGAAGUCAGGCCGUGAGACGUCAGCAAAUGUUCCGUAUUAUAAGCUUAAUAAACUUUAUGAGCAAUAUUCAGUUCCAUCAUUUAUAAAUCGUAGAACAUUAGCAGGUCAUGUAAGGGAUAAUCAGCUUGUGUUUGGACGACGUAGCUACUUCCAACGUAUAAUCUACUUAGCACGUCACAGAACUGUGAUUGAGCCACAUAAGAUUAAAGAUCCAUUCAACAAGAUAAUCAAGGAAAUUUAUAAAUAUCCAAUGGAUGAUGGUCGACUUGGUGGUUUGCUUAUUGGACAUGACAUGUAUUCUGUUCACAUGCUGGAAGGAAGCGAUGAAUUAAUUGGAAAUUAUUUUCAACAUUUGAGUAAAAUUUCGGACGAACUUUUUGAUAAAUCUCGUGUGGUUUUAGUCUACAACAACAUCAAUCAGAGAUUUUUUGAGAAAAUUGUUUGGCGUUUAGCAAACUUGCCAGACAUCACGGAUGUAUCUGAGAACAUGGAACGAAAUAUUUCAACUGUCUUGAAGAAAAUUUAUUACUUGUGUAAGAAAAUCAAGGAAGAAGAAGCAGACGAAGACACAGCAUUCAAGUCAUAUUAUCUCGCAUCAGAACUUGAAGAAUGGACUCCAGAUGAAAAGCUUAUGGAAGCUGUUUUGGAUGUUGAAGGACUGCAAACGAUAAAAGAAUUUGCCGACAUUUAUGGAAAUUGUGCUUCUAUGCUGACAUUUGAAGACCGCCAUUGGCCAGUUGAGGAUGAUCAUUUACCAACAAGCUCAACGUCAGGGGGCAAAUAUGAUGUUAAUUUGAUAUUUGGACGUGAUGGAACGAUGAAGAAGUGAGGAGAAAACAUGAUAAGAUAAUUCAAAUUGACAUAAAUAAAUUGAAAUGUCAACAAAAACUGCA